GCGGCGCGGGGGCGGGGUCACGUGACGCGGUUUAAAUCUCCCGCAGCCGAGCCGCGGGGGCGCCAGUGCCUCGAGUCGAGCGGAGCAGAGGAGGCGAGGGCGGAGGGCCAGAGAGGCAGUUGGAAGAUGGCGGACGAGGCGGCGCUCGCCCUUCAGCCCGGAGGCUCCCCUUCCGCUCCGGCCGCCAUGGAGGCCGCGUCGCCACCCGCCGAGGAGCCGCUCCGCAAGAAGCCGCGCAGAGACGGACUCGGACUCGGGCGCAGCCCCGGAGAACCGAGCGCGGCGGCCGCUCCGACCGAGGCGGAGAGUGCAGCGGCCCCGCCGGCGCAGUGGCGGGAGGCGGCGGCGGGCGCGGAGCGGGAGACCCCGGCGACAGCCGCGGCCCGGGCGGGAGACAAUGGAACGGGCCUGCAGGGCCUGCGGCGGGAGCGCCGGGCGGCAGACGACUUCGACGACGACGACGAUGACGACGGCGAGGACGACGAGGAGGCUGCGGCAGCAAUCGGCUACCGAGACAACCUUCUGUUCAGUGAUGAAAUUAUCACUAAUGGCUUUCAUUCCUGUGAAAGUGACGAGGAUGAUAGGACUUCCCAUGCAAGCUCUAGUGACUGGACUCCAAGGCCACGGAUAGGUCCAUAUACGUUUGUUCAGCAGCAUCUCAUGAUUGGCACAGAUCCUCGGACAAUUCUGAAGGACUUACUCCCAGAAACAAUUCCUCCACCUGAACUGGAUGAUAUGACACUGUGGCAGAUUGUUGUGAAUAUCCUUUCAGAACCUCCGAAACGGAAAAAAAGGAAAGAUAUCAACACGAUGGAAGAUGCUGUGAAGUUACUGCAAGAGUGCAAAAAAAUAAUAGUUCUGACUGGAGCCGGGGUUUCUGUCUCGUGUGGAAUACCUGACUUUAGGUCAAGGGAUGGUAUUUAUGCUCGCCUUGCAGUGGACUUCCCAGAUCUCCCAGACCCUCAAGCAAUGUUUGAUAUUGAAUAUUUCAGAAAAGAUCCAAGACCAUUCUUCAAGUUUGCAAAGGAAAUAUAUCCUGGACAGUUCCAACCAUCUUUGUGUCAUAAAUUCAUAGCCUUGUCAGAUAAGGAAGGAAAACUUCUUCGAAAUUAUACUCAAAACAUAGAUACCUUGGAACAGGUUGCAGGAAUUCAAAGGAUAAUUCAAUGUCACGGUUCCUUUGCAACAGCCUCUUGCCUGAUUUGUAAAUACAAAGUUGACUGUGAAGCUGUACGUGGAGAUAUUUUUAAUCAGGUGGUUCCUCGGUGUCCUCGGUGCCCAGUGGACGAGCCGCUUGCUAUCAUGAAACCGGAAAUUGUCUUCUUUGGUGAAAACUUACCCGAACAGUUUCAUAGAGCCAUGAAGUACGACAAAGAUGAAGUUGACCUCCUCAUUGUUAUUGGUUCUUCUCUGAAAGUGAGACCAGUAGCACUGAUUCCUAGUUCCAUACCCCACGAAGUGCCUCAAAUCUUAAUUAAUAGGGAACCUUUGCCUCAUCUACAUUUUGAUGUAGAGCUUCUUGGAGACUGCGAUGUCAUAAUUAAUGAGUUGUGUCAUAGGUUAGGUGGUGAAUAUGCCAAACUUUGCUGUAACCCUGUAAAGCUUUCAGAAAUCACUGAAAAACCUCCACGAACACAAAUGGUUCAUUUAUCAGAUUUGCCUCCAACACCUCUUCAUAUUUCGGAAGACUCAAGUUCACCAGAAAGAACUUUACCACAAGACUCUUCCGUGAUUGUUGCACUUUUAGACCAAGCAACAAAGAAUAAAGUUGAUGAUUUAGAUGUAUCUGAGUCAAAAGGUUGUUUGGAGGAAAAAUCACAAGAAGUACAGACUUGUAGGGACGUUGAGAGCAUUAAUGUGGAAAAUGUAGACUUGAAGGAUGUCUGUUCUAGUCCUGGAGAGAAGAACGAAGCCUCCGAAACCGUGAGAAAGUGCUGGCCCAGCAGACUCGCCAAGGAGCAGAUCUGCAAGCGGCUGGACGGUAACCAGUACUUGUUUUUAGCACCAAAUCGUUACAUAUUCCAUGGCGCUGAGGUGUAUUCAGACUCUGAAGAUGACGUCUUAUCUUCCAGUUCAUGUGGUAGUAACAGUGAUAGUGGCACAUGCCAGAGUCCCAGUGUAGAAGAACCCAUGGAAGAUGAAAGUGAGAUUGAAGAGUUCUACAAUGGCUUGGAAGAUGAUGCUGAUCUACCUGAGGGUACUGGAGCAGCUGGAUCUGAAGUUGAUGGAGGGGAUCAAGAGGCAGUUAAUGAAGCUAUAUCCAUGAAACAGGAAGUAACAGAUGGAAACUGUCCAUCAGAUAAAUCAUAAUAUUACAACCAUUGUCCAGGUACAGGAAUUGUUCCACCAGCAUUUGGAACUUCAGCAUGUCAAAAUGAAUGUUUACUUGGGAACUCAAGAGAGCAAGGAAGUCGGAAUGGUGUAAUAUUUAUAGACUGUUGAAAUAAGUUUCACAUGGGUAGGUCCAUCAUUUCUGUACGUACAUUUGUUAACACUAUUUAAAGAUACUAGGUAUCUUUAAUCAGCUGUUGGUCAGCUUCACUUUCUUUUUUUUAAAAGGUUCAUUUGUAUGAUACAUCCAUAUGUAUAUAUAACUUUGUUUUUGCCUAGCGAGUUUCAACGUUUUAAAGUUUUCAAAAAGCCAUUGGAAUGUUUAAUGUAAAGGGAACAGCUUAUCUAGACCAAAGAGUGGUAUUUUCACACUUUUGUUUGUAACAUUGAAUAGUUUGAAAUCCUGAAUCUCUGUUCUGCUGAACUUUUAUUUAGCACAGUACCUAUUUUUAAACACUGGCAUUUUCCAAAAUUUGUGGCAGCUAACUUUUUAAAAUCACAAACGACUUGCAAUGUGAGUAGGAGUUCAGCAUGUGGGGAGCACUCAGUUAUCUGUGCUUUUUAAAGUCAGAUGUGGUGCUAAGAGUUUCGGGAGUAUUUGCUGAACUGAAGACGGCUUCUGUACUUGUUGCAGACAUGUAUUAAUGUCUAAACAGGCUCCUAAGACUAACCUGAUAAAUAAAUGCUUGGAAAUGUUUCAGUGCCUGCCUAGAUCCCCUUAGUUUGAAUAUUUGCCAUGGUUUAAAUACCUAUCACUGUGGUAGAGCCUGCAUUGAUCCUUUCCCACAAGUAUUAAACUGCCAAGACAUGAAUAUGCAAAGCCUUUCUGAGUCUAAUAAUGGUACUUGGGGAGAGUGUAAUAUUUUGGACUGCUGUUUUUCCAUUGAGGAAAGCAACAGGCCUCUGAUUACAGUUCCAAAGUAGUAAGAGAUGAAUUUUUUAUAACUCAACCAGAAAGUACAUUGUCUCCUGUUGAGAAUUUGGUGUAAUGACUACCAAACCAUUAGCCUAGUAUUAUGGAGAUGAACACAGUGUAAGUUGUAAUAGCAGAAUAGUUCAUGAAUGAAAAUAGUUCUUAUUUAUUUAAAGGCUUAGCCUGCCUUAAAACUAGAGAUCAAUUUUCUGAACUGCAGAAGCUUCUCGCCUUUCAAAGGAAGUUCAUACUUUAUUAAAAACUUUGCAGUCAACAUUUACUUUACAGACUUUGAACAUGACUCCCAAAUUUAAGUAUUGCUAUGUUGGUUAGUAUUUAUUACAAUAAAAAGGGUUUGACAUAGAGCUGUUCUUUAUGCAUAAAAUACCCACCUAGGACCAUUACUUCCAGAGGAGAAAGCUGUUGAGUGGCUCCUUUCCGUACCUAAGAGAUUGCAAUCUGAAUUUAUCUGGCUACACUGAAGAAUGCGGUGUACUUAGUUUUCCAUUUGCAUGAUGUGAUUGUGCUAGAGAUGAUAUUUUAAAUUGAAAAAUUUGUUUUAAAUUAUUUUUACAGUGAAGACUGUUUUCAGCUCUUUUUAUAUUGUACAUAGACUUUUAUGUAAUCUACUAGCAUAUGUUUUGUAGACUGUUGAAUGACUGGACUAUCUUCCUCCAACUUUUGAAAUACAAAACCAGUGUUUUAUACUUGUAUCUUGUUUAAAGUCUAUUAAAAUUGUCAUUUGACUUUU